AUGACCAUCGCAUUGGUUGUGCUCUGUCUGUCCUUCCUGUUGCUUCUCAAUAAGAAGAAGAAGAGUAAGCUUCCACCAGGUCCCAGAGCCAUUCCACUACUGGGCAACCUUCAUCAACUGGACACCACAGACUUGGUCAAGUCACUGAAAGAGCUGAGCAACAAAUACGGCCCGGUCUUCACUAUCUACCUUGGCUCGAAGCCCCACGUUGUACUGUAUGGCUACCAGGCAGUCAAGGAAGCUUUGGUGGAACAAGCGGAUAAUUUCAGUGGCAGAGGGGAUUUCCCUGUAGUUCACAGAUUCACCCAAGGCAAUGGUAUUGCAUUUUCAAACGGAGAGAAGUGGAAGAUCCUGCGGCGUUUUGCUCUGACUACCCUCAGGAAUUUUGGCAUGGGGAAGAGAAGUAUAGAAGGGCGCAUUCAGGAGGAAGCUCACUUCUUAUUGGAGGAAUUCCGAAACACAAAGCAGACUCCCUUUGAUCCAAUCUUCUUCCUGAGUCGAGGCGUCUCAAAUGUCAUCUGCUCCAUCGUGUUUGGUAAUCGGUUUGAAUAUGAUGAUAAGAAAUUCCUGGCACUUCUAGAACUCAUCAAUGACAACUUUCAGAUCAUGAGUUCUGCCUGGGGAACGUUAUACAACAUCUUUCCAGGAAUUAUGGACCAUCUGCCAGGGCCUCACCAUCGCAUCUUCAGGAAUUUCAAAAAUAUGAAGAUUUUUGUGAUGGAGCAACUGAGGAAACACCAGGAGACCUUUCAGCCAGACUGUCCACGAGACCUGAUAGACUGUUUCCUUACCAAUAUGCAGAAGGAGAAAAACAACCCAGAGAGCAACUUCAACUUGGACACCAUGGUAAUGACCACACUCAACUUGUUUUUUGGAGGAACAGAGACCGUCAGCACAACCUUGAGAUAUGGAAUCCUUAUUCUAAUGAAGUACCCACACAUUGCUGAGAAAGUACACCAGGAAAUAAACAGCGUAAUUGGAAGGAACCGGGGCCCAGCAGUGGAAGACCGGAGUAAAAUGCCUUACACGGAUGCAGUGAUACACGAGAUACAACGUUUUACCACCAUCAUCCCACUGAGUUUGCCACAUUGUGUGAUACGAGACACUGAGUUCAGAGGAUACUUCCUGCCACAGGGUACAGAAGUCAUCCCAGUGCUCACUUCUGUUCACACCGAUCCAGAGAAAUUCAAAGAGCCUCACACCUUCAACCCUGAAAACUUCUUGGAUGAGAAUAAUCGCUUCAAGGCUAAUGAUGCCUUCAUGCCAUUCUCCUCAGGUAAACGGAUCUGCCUGGGGGAAGGUCUGGCCCGCAUGGAGCUCUUCUUAUUUUUUACCACUUUCCUGCAAAACUUUACUUUCAAGCCAACAGUUCAUCCAGAUGUGAUUGACCUCACCCCAUCUACCAGUGGAGCUGGCAAUAUUCCCCCUAUUUAUAAGCUUAGUGUUAUUCCUCGCUAG